GUCCAAAAUAUAAAUAGUAACUCUUGUUUUAAAUAUUCUGAAAUAUAUUUUGUGUCGGAAAAUUUUUGCAAAUUGAAAAAUAAAAAAUAUCAAAUUUCUCAAUUUUAAUUUACAAAGGAAAAUUUAGGUAUCCCCAGCUAUGGACGAUGAUAACAGGCUCGAUAUCAAAUUAAAUGAAAUCUGGAAAGCUUGUAGAAAAAUUCAAGAUACAAUCUUUCGUUAUGGCUAUGACAUUUCCAAAGAUUUUUGUGAGCAUGAUCCGCAAGGAAAGGGCCUGAUCUCGGAAUCUCUUUUUAGUAGCAUUUUGGGUAAAUAUAAAAAUGUUAUUGGCUUAUCCGAUUUUGAGUUACGCGAGGUAACCGAUUAUUUCCGUUUGCGUGAUGGUCGUGUUAUUUAUAGCGAAUUUUGUAAGGUAGUGUGCAAUGAAGAACGCCUUAAGAAAGAUGCCGGAGACAUUGCCUCUGGUUUGGAAUGGAUCGAUCCAAUGCAUGUGAAUGUCAUACCUCGUCCAGAGGAUAGAAGACAAUUGUGUUUAAUUUUAAUUAAAAUCGCCCAAUUUGCUCAUUUGCCAUUGAUGCCAUAUUUUCAAGAUUAUGAAUUGAUUUCCCAAAAUAUGGGUACAGUAACGGUUUCACAUUUUUCUCGGGUUCUGCGUUUUAUGAAAAUUCCCCUAUCCGAUAAAGAUUUUCUAUUGCUCUUAAAACGUUAUAUGAAAGACUCGUAUAUGGUGAAUUAUGUGGCCUUUAUGAAGCACAUUGAAAAUAUUUUGGACUAUUUGAAAAGUAACAAAUUAACCGAUAAUUCUAUGAAAAUAAUACAGAACUUUCCGGGAAAGUUAGUUGAUUUGGAAUUACCCGAAUUGCCACCAGUCAAUGGAACAAAUAUAGCUCAAAGGGUUUUCAAGGACUUCUGUAAUCAUCCGCAGGAAAAUAAGGAUAUUUGUGAUAUAAUAUUUUGUCUGCAAAGGCAUGUACAUAAGAAUCGUAUUAGAGUUCGUGAAUUUCUCGAAGGUUUUGAUCUUUUGCAUACGGGAACCUUGACACGAAAUCAGUUCGAGCGGGCCCUUCAUACUAUGGGAGUGGGCAAAUAUUUGACACAGCGUGAAAUGGUAUUGUUGUGUACACGUUACAUCGAUCCCAUUGAUACGAAUCGCAUACGAUGGCGUAUCUUUGAAGAUGAAAUUGAUAGAGUUUUUACCGUGAAAAAUUUGGAGAAAACCCCAUUACUUGAAUUCCAAUCACCACCUCAAUAUAUUAAAGAAAUGCCACGAAGUGGUUCCAAGUAUUGGCAAGAGGCUUGCGAACCAGUGCGAAAUCUUUGUGAAGAGGCCUUGAGAAGAAUUCAAAUAAGAAUACAAAAUCGACGUCUACAUUUACAUCCAUUCUUUCGAACAUAUGAUAAACUCAAUAGUGGUCAUGUUCCUUGUAAAAUUGCCAAUCAAAUAUUUGUCAGCAAUGGUAUUCUGCUGUCCAACGAUGAAUUAAAUAGUCUCACAGAUCGUUAUGGCAAUGAGUUAGGCUUUAAUUACAAACAUUUUCUGGAGGAUGCGGAUCCUGCGGAAUAUGCCACACCAAAACUAAAAUCAACUUCAAGUUUACAAACUGGAUGUUUAAAAACAAAAGUUGAAGCUCCUUCUGUUGACGACGACGAGCCCCAUGAGGAAUAUAUAAUUAAAUUGUUAACAAAAGCUAAGAGACAAGCCGUUACGAAGUGUAUACCAGUUAUUGAUUUCCUGCAAGACUACGAUCGUCAUCGUGAGGGUGAAAUUUCAGAAAUAGAUUUUCGUCGUGCCCUCGACAAUGCAAAUAUAAAGUUGUCAAUUGACGAAGUCAAUAGCCUUUGUAAAAUAUUUCGCUCUCCUAAGCGUGGCUGCUGCAUUCUAUAUCGUGAUUUUUGUCGAGCUCUCGAUGAAAUAUUCGUUCAAAUGGAAAUGUCAUCGGGUGAUAAUGAGAUCACAGCAAUUCCUCUCAUGCAUUUGGCCAAUUUAGAUUGUGCGGAAUGUUUCUUAAAUUUCGAAGAACGGGCCCUUUGUUCACAGGCUUUAAUGAAAUUGGCCCGACAACCAGAUGAAAUUUCCAAUCUCAGUUCUGUAUUUAAAGAUUUCGAUUAUGAGAAUUGUGGAUCGAUUGGUAAAAAUCAAUUGAUACGUGCCCUUACUGUUCGUGAAAUGCAUCAUAUGUUGAGUAGUCGUGAGUUGGACAUAAUAUUUAAAUGUUUUGGCGUACAACGGGGAAUACAUCUCGAGUUUAAUUAUCGGGAAUUUUUAAAUAUUUUGAAAAUUUUACAUGAAACUGGACAAGUUAAGAGGAAUUAUUGAAAUGCCUUUGUAAGUGAUUGUGGAAGUAUUUUGAUGUAUACUAUUUUCAAAAUAAAUAAAUUUACAUUUAAAUCUGAA